AUGUUUAAGAACACUUCUUUAUUUGAUAGAAUCAAGGAGAGACUUCUGAUUUUCAAGACGAAACUCACGCUUACUAGAUGGAGUGCUGAUUGGAGAGGUGCUACUGAGUUGUAUGAGCAGGCAGCGAAUGGAUUUAGGGCAUCAAACAAAUAUGAGAAAGCUAAAGUGGCUCUCGAGAAAGCGUCAAAAGGACAAGAGAUGCAAGCUUCUCCAUGGGAUGCUGCAAAGCAUAUGGAGUCUGCUGCUGCCUUAGCACAGAAGCUAAGUAUCUGGAAUGAAGUUGCUGACUUUUAUAGAAAGGCGUCUGAGCUGUAUGUUGAGUGUGGAAGGGCACAACCCGCAUCAGAUGCUCUUGGAAAAGCUGCCCGUGCUUUGGAAGAUGUCAAACCAGAUGAGGCCAUCCAACUAUACACUGAUGCUUGUGAAAUUCUUGAAGAGGAUGGGAGGGACCAAAUGGCCUUUGAUCUGUACCGUGCUUGUGCAAAUGUCUACAUAAAGCUCGAGAAGUACACAGAUGCUGCAACUUUUUUUUUGAGAUUGGGUGUAGCUGCUGAUAAGUGUGACGCCACAAAUAGCCAGUGUAAGGCCUAUCUGAGCGCAAUCAUUGUAUAUCUGUAUAGUCAUGACCUGAAGCAAGCAGAAAAAUGCUACAAUGACUGUUCACAGAUUGAUGCUUUUCUGAAGAGCGAUCAGAACCGAAGCGCGAGUAGAUUGCUCACAGCCUAUAAUGAAGGUGACAUUGAAGAAAUCAAGAAGGUGGCGAGCUCAAGCACUGUCUCGAAUUUGGAUAAUGUGAUCAUCAAGUUGGCUAGAAAGCUACCCACAGGAGAUGUUACUGCGGUUCAGAUGAACACUGGUGAAGAUCUCGACGAAGAUGAUCUUACUUAA